GGUUUUGCCAACAAUGUACAAAAGUAUUGCGAUCGCAGCCGUGUUGUUGGCCUGCAGUGCCGGUAGCACAUCGGCAUUGUCGUGCUUUACUUGCACUACAUUCAACGCCACCAACUGCCUGCUGCCCAUCGAGAGGCAACUAAUUGUCCCGUGUCCACCAAGUCCUCAGGUGUCCGAUGUAUCGUGCUACACUCGAAUCAUCGGCCAGGAUGUCGACCGAGGUUGUGCUAGCGAGCUGACGCAAGAGGAACGGAACAACUGUAACCUCGUGAACAACUGUCAGCUGUGCGUGAACGACGAAAACGCAACGUCCUGCAAUGGGGAGGUGUUCCCGCGCGGUCGUCUGCACUGCCACCAGUGCACCGGAACCACCAACUCGACCUGCUCGGACGAGAUCCAGAGCGAAGCCACCUCCUGCCUGCGCUUCGUGGCCGAUGACCGGUGCUUCGUACAGGUGCGCGACAACGGCGUUACGCGAGGCUGUUUGUCGGAGAACCCGGGCUGCAACGAUAGCCGCGAUUGCCACGUGUGCUCCGGAAAUGGAUGCAACUUCAGACACUUCGAGCAUAGCGCGGCCGGAAGCUUGGUUGCCCAGCUCCAGGUUCUUCUCGGCGCGGUGCUACUGAGUACCUUCGUUGCCAACAAGCUGUAGAAUAUUGGUGUCGAAUUUGGAGCGGUUUGUAGCUCUCAGAUUUGCACGCGUUUCGAAGAUUGUAGUUUUUAAUAAAAUGUUUUCUUAUCGAAACGGUUGUAAUCGAAAUUUGAAUAAAA